UUUUUUCUAACAGUAUAUUUUUGUACACUUUCUUAUUAAAAAAAUGGUGCUGGGGAAGGUGAAGAGUUUGACAAUAAGCUUUGACUGUCUCAAUGACAGCAAUGUCCCCGUCUAUUCUAGCGGGGACACAGUCUCAGGAAGGGUCAAUUUAGAAGUUACUGGGGAAAUCAGAGUAAAAUCGCUUAAAAUUCAUGCAAGAGGACAUGCAAAAGUACGUUGGACUGAAUCUAGAAAUGCUGGAUCCAACACUGCCUAUACACAGAAUUACACUGAAGAAGUAGAAUAUUUCAACCAUAAGGACAUCCUCAUUGGGCAAGAAAGAGAUGAUGACAAUUCCGAAGAAGGCCUUCACAUCAUUCAUUCAGGAAGGCAUGAAUAUGCAUUCAGCUUUGAGCUUCCACAGACACCACUUGCUACCUCAUUCGAAGGCAGACAUGGCAGUGUGCGCUAUUGGGUGAAAGCUGAAUUGCAUAGGCCUUGGCUUCUACCAGUAAAAUUAAAGAAGGAAUUUACAGUCUUUGAACAUAUAGAUAUCAACACUCCUUCAUUACUGUCACCCCAAGCAGGCACAAAAGAAAAGACUCUCUGUUGUUGGUUUUGUACCUCAGGCCCAAUAUCCUUAAGUGCCAAAAUUGAAAGGAAGGGCUAUACCCCAGGUGAAUCAAUUCAGAUCUUUGCUGAGAUUGAGAACUGCUCUUCCCGUAUGGUGGUGCCAAAGGCAGCCAUUUACCAAACACAGGCAUUCCAUGCCAAAGGGAAAAUGAAGGAAGUGAAACAGCUUGUUGCCAGCCUGCGUGGGGAGUCCCUGUCGUCUGGCAAAACAGAAACCUGGAAUGGCAAAGUGUUGAAAAUUCCACCCGUUUCCCCUUCCAUCCUCGACUGUAGUAUAAUCCGCGUGGAGUAUUCGCUGAUGGUGUAUGUUGAUAUUCCAGGAGCCAUGGAUUUAUUCCUUAAUUUACCACUGGUCAUUGGUACCAUUCCUCUCCAUCCAUUUGGUAGCAGAACAUCAAGUGUGAGCAGCCAGUGUAGCAUGAACAUGAAUUGGCUUGGUCUGACCUUGCCUGAAAGACCAGAAGCACCUCCGAGCUAUGCAGAAGUGGUCACAGAGGAGCAGAGGCAGUCCAGCCUGGCGCCCAUAGCCGCCUGCGAUGACUUUGAGCGCGCGCUCCAGGGACCAUUAUUUGCAUACAUCCAGGAGUUCCGCUUCCUGCCUCCCCCACUCUAUUCAGAGAUUGACCCCAACCCAGAUCAGCCCACAGAUGACAGACCAUCCUGCCCCUCUCGCUGAAGGAAUCCAUGCUAAGCUGACUCGACUUGGGUUUUGAAUCGUGCAUACCGUGUUGAAGAUCGAGGCGUCGUAGUGGAGACCCACUUUCCAAGGAAAGUGGUGGUGUUCUCGCCUAGAUGGUGAACAAAUGAAAAAAACCUGUGAUCAUGCUUAGAAGCCUACAGCAACAUCAUAGGACUGCUCCACAUGCUUGAAGAUCUGAGCUUUUUUCCCCCCCUUAAAUACUGGCACAUACUAGGAGCAGCCUUACUAGCCUGCUAGUCAUGUGUGUCAAACACUCGCCACGUUGUAAGAGAGGGAUGGCUUCCUGUAAUGAUUUGAAAAUUUGCACAUGCUCAUCGCUUAUGUUGUGGGGUUCAGUGUCACUACAGCUUUUUCUCAUUUAUGCCUGACUUGUUACCCCCUCUUACUUGUUCGCGGCCCGCACAACAAGGAGCAAAAGAGAGCUUUGAC